CCGGAGCAGCACAUGGAGGUGGCGCCCGACUUCCCCCGCAUGCCCACCGCGCACCUGCCAGCACCGCCGCCACCCUCCUCUCGUGCUCGCCCAGCGUGACUCCCGUGCCACGCCUCAACGGGGCUGCUGGGGGUGCAAGUCGCUUUGUUAUUUCACGACCUCUGCGAUGA